AUGUCGACCAGCAGCCCUCCUGCUUCUGUCGAUGCCUCUGGCAGCAGUCGCCGUCGUCAGCAGGCGCAAAACCAAGUCGAUGAGGAGGUGGACAUGAUGCGAGUCAGUUUGGACAGAGUUCUGGAGCGAGAUCAGAAACUUUGUGAGUUGGAUAACCUCGCGGACACCCUGCGAGCAGGGGCCUCCCAGUUUGAGAUGAGUGUGGCCAAAUUGAAGAGGAACGACUACUGGUGGAAGAAUUGCAAGGUGUGGGUGAUACUAAUUACCACUGUGAUUGUCAUCAUCCUCGUUGUGGAGUACUUCUUCAUGAACAGCCAGUGA